AUGCCACAGCACAAUCAAGCAGAACAAAAUGAAACAACAGUAAUGGAAUUCAUCCUUCUUGGUUUCCCAGGAUCUCAGUAUUCACAGAUGGUCUUUCUUAUCAUGUACAUCCUGUCUAUUUUGGGAAAUGUGGCUAUCAUCAUUCUAGUAUUAACAAAUUAUCCUCUCCAUACUCCCAUGUACUUCUACCUUUGCAAUCUGUCUUUCUUGGAGAUAUGGUACACAACAGCCAUUAUCCCUAAGACCCUUGCCAUCUUUCUGGGAAGGAGCAGAAGCAUCUCUUUCAAUGGCUGCAUUCUGCAAAUGUACUUUGUUUUCUCCUUUGGAUGCACAGAGAACUUCCUGCUAUCUGUCAUGGCUUAUGAUCGUUAUUUGGCCAUAUGUUAUCCACUGCACUACAAUACCAUCAUGGACAUCAGCUUUUCUUGCAAGUUGGCAGCAGGCUGUUGGUUAUGUGGUUUCAUUUUUAUUUCCAUGCUAGUAUUUUUGAUCUCAAGAUUGUCCUUCUGUGGGCCUAAUGUGAUUAAUCACUUCUACUGUAACAUUGAUUCCUGGAUAGUUCUCUCGUGCUCUGACACCCAUGUCGUUGAGAUGGCAGUUUUUGUCCUCUCCAUCAUUGUCAUUUUGUGUUCAUGUGUGGUAAUCCUUCUUUCCUACAUGUACAUCAUCUCCACCAUCCUGCACAUCCCAUCUGCUAAAGGACAGGAAAAGGCCUUUUCCACAUGCUCUUCCCAUCUCGCUGUAGUCAUCAUUUGGUAUGGAUCCACCAUCUUCCUGUAUGUCAAGCCUUCUGUAUGGACAUCUUUAGAGCAGACUAAAAUAGUGAAUAUCCUGAACACAGUUGUGACUCCAUUGCUAAAUCCUUUCAUCUACACUCUAAGAAACAAAGAGGUAAAAGUGGCUGUGAAACAUUUAUUACACUGGGAAUGA